GUCGUCCGAUUCUCCUUAUUGGCCUUCUAGGCCUCUCAUUAUCCAUGAUAUCGUUCGGACUCUCUAAGACGUACACACAGGUUAUCAUAAGUCGUUCAAUUGCAGGCUUCCUUAACGGAAACGCCGGUGUCGCGAAAACAAUGAUAGCUGAGAUGUCUGACGACACGAACCGAGCUAUUCUCUUCACGUUCCUCCCUGUAGCAUGGAUAUCUGGAUGCACCGUUGCCCCCUUUGUCGGAGGGUCGCUCCAACAUCCUGCGGAGCGCUUCCCCGCUUAUUUUGAUCAUCCUCUUUGGAGAAGAUAUCCGUAUUUUCUUCCGUGUUUUGUCGCUGCAUCUUUCCCUAUCUUUGCUUUCUUCAUAGGACUCAUGUUUUUGAAAGAGACUAAUGAAUCUGUGCGCCGCGUACCAAGAGGAGCCUCGUAUGGGUCGGUUUCAUCGGAGGAUCGCUUUGAGUCGACACCACGCAAUUCAUCUACUCCUACCCUUCGUGAAGCGAUCACCAAACCUGUGGUCAUUGCCAUUGCAAAUUACGCAGCCCUCGCUAUAAUUGAUAUAUCAUUAUUCGCUAUCUUCACGGUGUUCCUCGCCGUCCCUCUUCACGCUGGUGGUCUUAAUCUCCCACCCCAGGUUAUCGGGAAUAUUCUCGCUUCCCUCGGUGGAGUCAGUGGCGCUACACAGUUUCUAGCGUUCCCUAGAGUACAUAAACGAUUCGGCGGGAAAAAAACGUUUACCUUCUCGAUCUCCUUCUCAUUUCUGCUAUUAGCUUGUUUUCCGAUUAUACACGUAAUUACACUAGUCUAUCCUGGAUCAUGGAUUAAGUUCGCUAUCAUUGGUGUGAUGAUGGUUAUAUGGUCGGUAUAUGAUAUGGGAUAUGCAUCCGUUUUCCUGUUCAUAACUGCUUCUUCGCCAUCACCGUCCCUUCUGGGAACGGUAAACGGUGCAGCCCAGACGAUCAUCAGCUUGGCACGCGCAUUUGGGCCCGCUGCGGCCACAAGUCUGUUUGCUCUUUCAAUAAAACAUGAUUGGCUGCGAGGAUACGGUGUCUUCUUGUGCCUGACUUUGGCCCCUGUCGUGGCGAUUUGUCUGUCAACUUUGCUGCCGAAUGACGUGGAGGCUAAGAUAAGUAGGGAUGAAAGUGCUUAGAGUUGGACUCUCAGCUAGAUAGGCGUUUCUUGUCAAUAAUGUAUCACGAUCGCAUAGAUACGGAACAAUCUUGGUUAUCAGUAGAGUGAAGCCGUGAUGCUGAUGCGCGGCCAAUAUAUCAAUGUGAUGUUUAGC